AGCCCGAGCGGCCGCGAAGGCCCCCGCCCGCUACUUCUCCGCCCCAGAGGGCUGGCUGCCUAAGUCCCUCCCGCUCCAGGCUCUCCGCCUCACUAGCAGCGGCUCGCGGUGCAGCGGGGACUGGGCGAAGCGGCCUGCGCCCACGGAGCGCACGACACUGCCCGGAACGCACCGCCACCCUUGCCCCUCAGCCGCCCACUCGGGAUCUUCGGCAGCCUCUGCGCGCGCACGAUGCCCUCGGCCACCAGCCACAGCGGAAGCGGCAGCAAAUCAUCCGGACCGCCACCCCCGUCGGGUUCCUCCGGGAGUGAGGCGGCGGCGGGGGCCGGGGCAGCUGCUCCUGCUUCUCAGCACCCGGCAACCGGCACCGGCGCUGUCCAAACCGAGGCCAUGAAGCAGAUUCUCGGGGUGAUCGACAAGAAACUUCGAAACCUGGAGAAGAAAAAGGGUAAACUUGAUGAUUACCAGGAACGAAUGAACAAAGGGGAAAGACUUAAUCAAGAUCAACUGGAUGCCGUGUCGAAGUACCAGGAAGUCACAAAUAACUUGGAGUUUGCUAAAGAAUUACAGAGGAGUUUCAUGGCCUUAAGUCAAGAUAUUCAGAAAACAAUAAAGAAGACAGCACGUCGAGAACAGCUUAUGAGAGAGGAAGCUGAACAGAAACGUUUAAAAACCGUACUUGAAUUGCAGUAUGUAUUGGACAAAUUGGGAGAUGAUGAAGUGCGAACUGACUUGAAACAAGGUUUAAAUGGAGUGCCAAUAUUGUCUGAAGAGGAAUUGUCACUGUUAGACGAAUUCUACAAAUUAGCAGACCCUGAACGAGACAUGAGUUUGAGGUUGAAUGAGCAGUAUGAACAUGCCUCCAUUCACCUGUGGGACUUGCUCGAAGGGAAGGAAAAGUCUGUAUGUGGAACGACCUAUAAGGCUCUAAAAGAAAUUGUCGAGCGUGUUUUCCAGUCAAACUACUUUGACAGCACCCACAACCACCAGAAUGGGUUAUGUGAGGAAGAAGAGGCGGCCUCUGCACCUACAGUUGAAGAUCAUGUAGCUGAAGCUGAACCUGAGCCAGCAGAAGAAUAUGCUGAACAAAGUGAAGUUGAAUCCACAGAGUAUGUAAAUAGACAGUUUAUGGCAGAAACACAAUUCAGCAGUGGUGAAAAGGAGCAGGUGGAUGAAUGGACAGUUGAAACAGUCGAGGUGGUAAAUUCACUCCAGCAGCAACCUCAGGCUGCAUCUCCUUCUGUACCAGAACCCCACUCUUUGACUCCAGUGGCUCAGGCAGAUCCCCUUGUUCGAAGGCAGCGAGUACAGGACCUUAUGGCACAGAUGCAGGGACCCUAUAAUUUUAUACAGGAUUCAAUGCUGGAUUUUGAAAAUCAGACACUUGAUCCUGCCAUUGUAUCUGCACAGCCUAUGAAUCCAACACAAAAUAUGGACAUGCCCCAGCUGGUUUGCCCUCCAGUUCAUUCUGAGUCUAGACUUGCUCAACCUAGUCAAGUUCCAGUACAACCAGAAGCUACACAGGUUCCUUUGGUUUCAUCUACAAGUGAGGGGUAUACUGCAUCUCAACCCUUGUACCAGCCUUCUCAUGCUACAGAGCAACGACCACAGAAGGAACCGAUUGAUCAGAUUCAGGCAACAAUCUCUUUAAAUGCAGACCAGACUACAGCAUCAUCAUCCCUUCCUGCUGCUUCUCAGCCUCAGGUAUUCCAGGCUGGGACAAGCAAACCUUUACAUAGCAGUGGAAUCAAUGUAAAUGCAGCUCCAUUCCAAUCCAUGCAAACGGUGUUCAAUAUGAAUGCACCAGUUCCUCCUGUUAAUGAACCAGAAACUUUAAAACAGCAAAAUCAGUACCAAGCUAGUUAUAACCAGAGCUUUUCCAGUCAACCUCACCAAGUAGAACAAACAGAACUUCAGCAAGAACAGCUUCAAACAGUGGUUGGUACUUACCAUGGUUCCCAGGACCAACCCCAUCAAGUUACUGGUAACCAUCAGCAGCCUCCCCAGCCGAACACUGGAUUUCCACGUAGCAGUCAGCCCUAUUAUAACAGCCGUGGUGUGUCUCGUGGAGGUUCUCGUGGUGCUAGAGGCUUGAUGAAUGGAUACAGGGGCCCUGCUAAUGGAUUUAGAGGAGGAUAUGAUGGUUACCGCCCUUCAUUUUCUAACACUCCAAACAGUGGUUACACACAGUCUCAAUUCAGUGCUCCCCGGGACUACUCUGGCUAUCAGCGGGAUGGAUAUCAGCAGAAUUUCAAGCGAGGCUCUGGGCAGAGUGGACCACGGGGAGCCCCACGAGGUCGUGGAGGGCCCCCAAGACCCAACAGAGGGAUGCCGCAAAUGAACACUCAGCAAGUGAAUUAAUCUGAUUCACAGGAUUAUGUUUAAACGCCAAAAACACACUGGCCAGUGUACCAUAAUAUGUUACCAGAAGAGUUAUUAUUUGUUCUCCCUUUCAGGAAACUUUAUUGUAAAGGGACUGUUUUCAUCCCAUAAAGACAGGACUACAACUGUCAGCUUUAUAUUACCUGGAUAUGGAAGGAAACUAUUUUUACUUUGCAUGUUCUGUCCUAAGCGUCAUCUUGAGCCUUGCACAUGAUACUCAGAUUCCUCACCCUUGCUUAGGAGUAAAACAUACUAUACGUUAUGGGGUGAUAAUAUCUCCAUAGUUAAUUGAAGUGGCUUGGAAUAUGAAAGAUUGACUUUCGAUAGUGGAUAAAAAUCUACAAAUCAGCCCUAGAGUUAUUCAAUGGUAAAUGACAAAACUAUUUCCCUUGAAAAGAAGAUGGAAGGAUUGGAGUGUGGUUGGCAGAACAACUGCAAUUCACAGAUUUUCCAGUUAAAUUGGAGCACUGAACAUUUAGACGCAUACCAAAUUAUGCAUGGGCCCGUAUUCACACAUACUAAAGGCUGGCUACCAGCUUGGACACAGCACUAGUCAUCCUCUGGCCAAAUGACUGUGGUUAAAAACACAUGUAAAUUGCUUUUUAACAGCUAAUACUGUAUAAGACAAAGCCAAAAUGCAAAAUUAGGCUUUGAUUGGCACUUUUUGAAAAAUAUGCAACAAAUAAGGGAUGUAACCUGGAUGGCCGCUUCUGUACUUAAUGUGAAAUAUUUACAUAUCUUUUGAACACUUAACAGUUUCUUUGACAAUGACUCAUAAGGAUUGGUACUAUAUAUCAUUCCUUAUGAUGUGCAUUGUCUCUCACUAACCUUUGGAUCUUGCUGUAUUGUCAUCUAAGUUGGUACAGGUACUGAUGAAAAUUGCUUAAUGGAUAAUCAUAACACUCUUGGUCACAUGUUUUUCCCUGCAGCCUGAAGGUUUUUAAAAGAAAAAGAUAUCGAAUGCCUGCUGCUACCACCCUUUUAAAUUGCUAUCUUUUGAAAAGCACCAGUAUGUGUUUUAGAUGGAUUUCCCUAUUUUAGGGAAAUGACAGCCAGUAGUUUCAGUUCUUGAUGGUAUAAGCAGUACAAAUAAAACAUGUUUAUAAAAGUUG